AUGGCUCAAAUUCCGAAGUAUGUGUCCAACGCAUCAGCUGUUGACAUCACAACAAUCUUAUCUCCAAUAACAAUGGAGUUUGUGAAAACCUCUACGGAACCGCCCUUCUCUGGUAUCGUCAGUUACGACGUUCGUGAGAUCAUAGGGACCAUAAAUUUUGUUUUUCUUUGCGGCAUUAUCAGUUUGUUUGGAAUUGUCGCGAAUAUCAUCAACAUCAUCGUGUUCACCAUGCAGGGCUUUGCAGAAGACAUCAACAUUAGUUUGCUCUCUCUGGCUAUUAGUGAUUUGGGAUCCUUGAUGCAUCUACAGUGGUUCUCUAUCUGCCUCAAUCCGUGGUUUGCACAAUCGGGCAUUCCCUUCAGACCGUCAGAGAUCCAAAGCCUAACAGCUGGUUUUCCUCACAUUUGCUUUACCCGGAUCACAGGGUGGAUAACUGCGUUCGUCGCCUUUGAACGAUGCCUUUGCAUUGCCAUCCCUUUGAAAGUCAAAUCUAUCAUCACUCGAAAGCUGGUCAUAACUGUUAAUGUAAUGGUAUUUGUCAUUAUGUUUUUAAGCAUGAUACCAGUCUACACCACUGCCUACUACGAUUGGAAAUUUUACCCCGAUGUAAACAGAACCCUUCUGGGUAUAUUGUAUACAGCCAACAAGAAAGAAGUAUUAGGUAUCUCCAUUUUUUUCACUGACUUUGCAGGUCCUUUCUCCUCGUUCGCCAUCGUUAUCGUCAGUACUGUCAUCAUCAGGAUCAAGUUACGUCAGAAAGCAACAUGGCGGCAGACUGCGUCCAAUUCUGCUGCUAAUUCCUCGUCAGGAGAACUUCCAAAAAAAGAAAGAAAAGUUGUUGCCAUGGUAACGACGAUUUCUAUCAUCUUCAUUAUCUGCUUCACGCCAGUAUCGCUUUUGCACUCGGCGGAGGCGAUAGAACCAGAGUUUGACAUCAUCGGCAAGUAUAAAAAUCUCAACUGGAUCCUUUACUCCUUUGGAUUCCUUCUAGAAGCUUUUAACUCCAGCAUCAACAUCUUCGUUUACUUCCGGAUGAGCUCAAAGUAUCAGGAGGCUUUCCGGCGACUGUUUAAGAUCAAGGUGAAAGCGUAA